AUGCGAUCAAAUGUUUCAACUCCUAAGAUUUCAAAUAUUAUGGUAUUUAAACCUACAUGGGAUGAAUUUAAAGACUUUAAUAAGUAUAUUCAAUUCAUGGAAUCUAAAAGAGCCCAUCAUGCAGGAAUAGCAAAGGUAAACAUUUUGUAUAAACAUGUUUUUCACUUAUCACACAUUAUAUUUAUAUAUAAGUAUUUUGUAUCUGUUGUAUUUAUAAUUUAAAAUAUUUUAAUAUUUUAAAUCUUUUUGUUUAUUUGAUUAUCAUUGUUAUUUUUAGAUUAUACCACCUAUAGAAUGGAAACCAAGAAAACAGAGCUAUGACAUUUUGGAUAUACAAAUUCCACAGCCUAUAAUUCAAGUAAAUAAUUAAAAAUUCUAGUUUUUUUAAUUGAACUAUCUAUAUUAAUUAUGUUGUUUAUUCUAGAAAAUUAUUGGGAAAGGAGGAUCAUUUAAUCUAAAUCCUUCAAAAACAGAUGCCAUGUCUUUAACCGAUUUCAAACGUUUAUCAGAAACUGAUAAAUACAAAACACCAGACCACUUUGAUUAUAAUGACCUUGAAAGAAUAUUUUGGAAGACAUUCAUCUACAAUCCUCCAAUUUUCGGAACAGAUGUUUCUAGAUCAUUGUUUGAUGAUGAUUGUGAAGUAUGUUGGAAAACAAUUAGAAAUAGCUUAGAAUUAAUAAUGUAUAUAAUUAAUUUUUUUCUCUAAACAAGAUUUGGAAUAUGAACAAACUGGGUUCAAUCCUUGACUAUCUGGUUGAUGAUUCUGGUGUUAAAAUCGAUGGUGUUAAUACUCCAUAUUUGUAUGCGGGCAUGUGGAAAUCGGUAUAUGCGUGGUCUACUGAAGAUAUGGACUUGUAUAGUAUAAACUAUAUCCAUCAUGGAAGUCCAAGACAAUGGUUUACAUAAUUUUUUCUAUAGUAUUCAAUAAGAAAUAUAUUUAUAGCAUACUCAUUCAGGCUAUUCUUAAUUUCAGGUAUGCAAUUCCACCAAAGUAUGGUGGUCAAUUUGAAAGAUUAAUGGAAACCAUGUUCUCAGAGAAUUAUAGAUUGUGUUCAGCGUUCAUCAGACAUAAAAUGUGUAUUGUAACUCCUAAUACAUUGAAUAAUUCUUCAAUACCAUGGAACAAAGUAAGAGGCUAGAUAUUAAUAUAAUUUUGUUUGUGGUGUGGUAUACAGGGUGUUCCAUUUAAGUGGGUAUACCCAUAUUUUCGGAAUGUAUUUACUUUUUUACAAUUUGCUUUAUAGAACAUUUAAGAAACAAGUAGCUCUACAAUUUUACAUUUUACAUGUUAUUUUUUGUCAAACCACUACUUACUUUUUAUUUUCAAAUAGCAACCUAUAUUUAAAAUGCCAUAAGUAGAUGGAAUAUUAGCUAAAAUAAAUUUUGGUGCUAAAAUUGGUGCCAUACAAAUGAUCCUCCACUACUCUACGACCUAAAUGAAACUCCCCACUGACUCAAACUAAGAAGUGGAAUCUUGUUAAAGGGUUGAUAGAAAUCAAAAAUUUUAACACCAAAAUGUAUUUUAACUAAAACUCCAUCUAUUUAUGGAAUUAUUUCAGUUUGCAAUUAGAAAAUCAAAAGUAGACGAGAGGUUUAUAAUCAAAAAUAAAAGUGACAAAAAAUAACAUAAAUAAAAAGUUAUAGAGCUGUUUGUUUCUUAAAUGUUCUACAAAAUAAAUUCUAAAAAAGUUAAUACUUCCAAUAAUGAGUGUAACCACUUAAAUGGAUGGAACACUGUGCACUAUUUUAAGUAUUAUUAAUAUUAGUACUACUAAUAAAGUUGUUAUAUAUAUGUAUUUAUUAGCAAAAUUAUUUAAAACAAAUAUACAAAACAAAGUGGUUUCUACCCAUUUUUAGGCUACCCUGCUGCAUAGAAUAUUAAACAAUACAUAAUAUCAUAAACAUUAGUAUAUUUAUUUGUUUCAGAUAGUUCAAGAGCCAGGGGAAAUCAUUAUUACUUUUCCAUAUGGUUACCAUUGUGGUUUUAACCAUGGAUUUAAUCUUACAGAGUCAACUAAUUUUGCUACAACGCGUUGGGUAGAAUAUGGUAAAAGGACGAAACAGUGUAAAUGUCGAAGUGACAUGGUAAAUUUCAGUAUGGAAACAUUUGUGAGAAAGUUUCAACCUGAAAAGUAUGAACAGUGGAUCCAAGGAAAAGACUUUGGAUAUCACCCAGAAGAAUCAAAAUUUGCUAAACCACCUCGUCCAGUGGGACCAUCUAAACUAUUACAGAUAAACAGGUUUUUUUAA